UACUAUUGAAUCGAGCUUUGGUUUCAGUGAGUUUCUAAUCGAUUUUAAACAUGAGUAAAUUGACAAACAGGUCAGCCAGCCACUUCGGUGUCCAGGAGAACCAUGAGCUGGACAGCAGGGACAAACAAGCCUGGGUGAAUCCUUCUUACAAUGGCUCCCCUCCUUCUUCUCCACGGACAAUCAGAGCCAUCUACAACCCUCAGUCUUUCAUGGCAAACCCUUAUGGGAACCUGGGGAAACUGGAGGUCCUCCCGCCUUACCCAACUGAUAUGAAAGUCAUAGAAAGUGCUGGAGAGAAGAAUAAGGAGGAGAAGCCACAAGGAUGUUGCUCCUUCAUCGCUAGAGGAAUCUGUGGACUGUGGGGGACCACGUUGACUGAAGACACAGCUGGAAAUCGAGAGAAGUACGUGAAGACAACCCUGAGGGAGCUGGUGGUGUACCUACUAUUCCUGACAGAUAUGUGUCUCUUGACAUAUGGGAUGAUGAGUUCAAACACAUACUACUACACCAAGGCGAUGUCUGACCUCUUCCUUGCAACACCCACUAGUAGUGGAGUUGACUUUCAGAGUAUCACCAAUAUGGAACAGUUUUGGGAGUUUGCUCAGGGCCCGUUGCUGGAUGGUCUCUACUGGAGUAAAUGGUACAACGACCAGCCCCUGGAUCUCGGACCUCAGUCUUUUAUAUACUACGAAAAUAUGCUGCUGGGGGUCCCCCGAAUUCGUCAGUUGAAAGUGCUGAACAACUCCUGUAAGGUUCACAAGGACUUCAGGAAUGAAAUCGAUGGCUGCUACGAUGUGUAUUACGAAGAUAAGGAGGAUGAAAACCCGUUUGGCCUCAUCAAUGGAACUGCGUGGAACUACUUUCCUGAAAAUAAACUAAAUGGAUCGUCCCACUGGGGCAUACUAACAACUUACAGUGGCAGUGGCUACUAUCAAGACCUGAACAUGACCAAGGAAGACAGCGCAUAUCUGCUGCAGAAUUUAAAGGACAAUCUGUGGUUAGAUCGCGGCACCCGAGCAGUCUUCAUCGACUUUGCUGCUUAUAAUGCCAACAUUAACCUGUUCUGUGUAGUCAGGCUUGUAGUAGAAUUCCCUGCAUCUGGUGGAGCAAUACCAUCUUGGCAGAUUCGGACAGUCAAACUCAUUCGUUACGUCAAUAACUGGGAUUACUUUGUCAUUGGCUGUGAAAUGAUGUUUUGUGUCUUCAUCUUGUACUAUAUGGUGGAGGAGAUACUGGAAAUCCGGAUCCAUAAACUGUCUUAUUUCUCAUGUGUCUGGAACAUUCUGGAUAUCGUAGUAAUCAUGCUGUCCAUCGUAGCCAUCAUAUUCAAUGUGUUUCGCACCCUGAAAGUGAAUGCUCUUUUGGGGAAGUUACUCAAGAAACCUGAUAUUUAUGCAGAUUUUGAGUUCCUAUCGUUUUGGCAAAUGCAGUACAAUAACCUAAAUGCGCUGAACCUCUUCUUUGCCUGGAUUAAGAUCUUCAAGUACAUCAGUUUUAAUAAGACCAUGGCACAGCUGUCUUCAACCCUGGCCCGCUGUGCAACAGAUAUCCUGGGCUUUGCCAUCAUGUUCUUUAUUGUGUUCUUUGCCUACGCUCAGUUAGGCUACCUUCUCUUUGGAACCGAAGUGGAGUCCUUCAGUACCUUCGUCAAGUGCAUCUUUACCCAGUUCAGAAUCAUCCUUGGUGACUUUGAUUACAAUGCUAUUGACAAGGCUAACAGAAUUCUGGGGCCGCUGUACUUUGUCACCUAUGUGUUCUUUGUCUUCUUUGUGCUGCUUAACAUGUUCCUGGCUAUUAUAAAUGACACAUACUCUGAAGUCAAAGCAGAGCUUUCUAGCCAAGAAGAUGAAUUCCAGUUUUCUGAUAUCAUAAAACAGGGCUAUUUGAAGACCAUGAUGAAGCUGAAACUGAAAAAUGAGAAGAUAUCUGAUGUGCAGAAGGCUUUAGGAUCUGGAUCCAAUGAGCUGGAGUAUGAAGAUUUUAAAAAAACCCUGAGACAAAUGGGUCACAGCAAUCAUGAGAUCUCUGAAGCCUUUGCUAAGUUCGACCAUGAUGGAAAUCAUAUCUUGGAUAAAGUAGAGCAGAACAGAAUGAUAAGUGACCUGGAGGAGAAGAAGAUGUCCCUAAAUGCAGAGAUAGAAAACCUUGGAAAAGACUACAGCAACAACACAUUUAACAAACCAGUGGAGAAUAGUAACAGCAAUGGCAUAUCACAGGCAGAGUUUCAGAUGCUGGUGCAACGAGUUGUUCAGUUGGAGCAGUCUGUUGGCAGCCUUGUGUCUAAGAUCGACGCAGUGGCAAUGAAACUGGACACACUUGAUGAAAGUAAAAUAAAACGCAAAGACCAGAUGGGCAGGAUGUGGAAUAUCAAUGAGGGUGGGAAGCAUUUUCAAGGUUAGUGCUUGGUGAAGGAGAUGGAUGACUUGGAGGGUCCUACAUUCGGAUCCAAGAACAACUGGCUUUCCAACACAGGACGAUACAAUACCAAUCAACAACCAUUUCUAGAGAAAGAGUCACAGACCCCUUCUGGCCUGCUGUACACUCGCAGAGAGAGAGAGAGAUAGAAAGAAAGAAGAACAGAUAUAACAGAUAUAUUUAAACACUGUACUAGAAAGGUAUUUCUGCCAUUCUGAUACAACAUGCACUUCAAAACUACACUGUGGCUGUGCACAUGUGUUACAUUAAUGUUGUAAAUGUGUUUAUACCCUACUUGGUUAUCUUUUCAGUCUCAAAACUGCAAGAAAGUUAUGCUAGAAUGAAUGUUGUAACAAUGUAGUUUAGGACAUUAGGGCAUUGUGACUACCCCCUACUCACACACACACACCUAAUAUUGGGUUAGUCUGCCUUUUGCCACAGUGACAGCCUGGAGUUGUUCUGGCAUAGACUCCACAACCUGACACAACCUUAUAAUACCCUAUAAAGGUUCAUUCAGCACAGUGAAGUUUGCUGUGUGUUGCAAUAUGCUUUGUCAUACCUCUUGAGCUUUACAGUGGUUACCUGUGCUUUAAAUUACAUUCACUAUGCUUUAUGGCACUUUGCUUUGCUUUUACUAUGGUAAACUAAGUAAAAACAUAUUAACAAAGUUGUUGUACUUUUUGGUGAAGGUUAAGAAAUCUAUUUAUUUAUUUUGUCGCCCCUCAGAGUGACACAAAUAUACCAGUAGUAGAUCAUUUCUUAUUUUCAAAGCUAAUGGAAUGUAAUGUUGGUAAAUAAAAGCUGUUAGUUAUGUAAAUCUUUUUGUCUCUUAAGGUCUAGGAAAGAACAACACAGCAACAAAUCUUCUCUAAUCUUCUUUUUUUUUUAUUUUUUUUAAACUGAGAG